AUGGUGGAGGUGGUUGUGGUGUGCGUGGUGGUUGUAGUUGUGGUGGUGGUGGUGUUGGCCUUUGUGUUGGCCGUGGUGGUGGUGAACGUGGUGGUGGUGGUGAUGGUGGGUGUGGCCAUCGUGGUGGUGGUGGUCGUAGUAGUGGUGGUGGUGGGUGGUGGAUGUGGUGGUGAUGGUGGUGGUGGUGAUGGUGUUGGUGAGGUUGGUUAUGGUGGUGGUGGUUCUGAUUGUGGUGAUAGUGGUGGUACUGGUGGUGGUGGCGAUGGUGGUGGCGAUGGUGGUCAUGGUCGUGGUUUUGGUGGUGGUGGUGGUUAUGGUGGUGUUUGUGGUGGUGAUGGGUGUGGUGGAGGUCUUGGUGGUGGUGGUGGCAGUGAUGGUGGUGGUCAUGGUGGUGAUGAUGGUGAUGGUGGUCUUGGUGGUGGUGGACGUGGUCGUGGUGGUCUUGGUUGUGGCUAUGGUGAUGGGGGUGGUGGCCUUGGUUACCGUGGUGGUGGUGGAGCUGGUGGUGGUGGUGGUGGGGGUAGGGGUGGUGGAUGCGGCGGUGAUUGUGGUGGUGAUGUGGGGGAGGUUGUUGUGGUGGUGUUGUGGUGGUGA